AUGCGAAAGCUAAGUGUGGGUCGAUGUGCGAAUGUCGACUGCGGUAAAUUUGGUAAAUGCAUCGCAAACGGUUUAACGGUGGAGUGCCGAUGUGAUCCCAAUCAUUACGGUCAUCGAUGUGAACUCACCGUGAGAAUACCUGCAAUGGUUCGCGAAAAUGCCGUUUCGUCGGAAAUUAUAGACGGUGAACUUUUAGAAUUAUCAUCAAACUCAGUGGAGAGCGUUUGCAAACUGUCCGAAGACGACUUCAUUCCGUCCGGCUUCGCGUGG